AGGCGUGGUGAAGCGAUUGCUCAAUAUGUCUGACGGGCUUGUGGAGACCCAUGUAGGAAUGGAAGUGGAAGAAGCAGGCGCUGUACAGACUGGGACUGGGGAAGCAGUGGUGGCCAAUGAGAGGACCAAACAAUGUUCAGCGUUUGCCUCUAUCACGGGUUGUGAUGAGGCAGUUGCGCAGUGUUUCCUAGCUGAGAAUGACUGGGAUAUGGAAAGGGCGAUCAAUUCUUACUUUGAGCCUGGGGUGGAGUCGACCUUACAAAACAAACCUGCAGCUGAUCUAGCAGACCCUUUAAAGCAAGAGAUGCAUGCAGUUACCUCUGACGCAUGGCAAGUUAUUGACUUGACUAGCGAUGACUUGGUGGCUACCAAAUCAGAAGCUGUUACCAGCAACUCCUCUACUGUGAAACAACAAGAAGAUGAGAGCCAUUUUACCUUUCUUACAUGGAAUAUAGAUGGCCUUGAUGAAUCAAACGUUGCAGAGAGGGCUCGUGCUGUAUGUUCCUGUUUGGCCCUGUACACUCCAGAUGUAGUAUUUUUGCAGGAAGUUAUUCCACCAUACUGUGAGUACCUGAAGAAGAGGGCCGUCAGCUACAAAAUUAUUACAGGUAAUGAGGAUGAAUACUUUACUGCUAUGAUGCUGAAAAAAAGCAGGGUGAAGUUAAUUAGUCAAGAAAUUGUACCAUACCCAUCCACAUUAAUGAUGAGAAAUUUGCUUGUAGCAAAUGUGAACAUCUCUGGCAAUAGUAUAUGCUUAAUGACUUCACAUCUAGAAAGCACCAAAGAUCAUUCAAAGGAGCGAUUAAAGCAGCUGGACACUGUGCUUAAAAAGAUGAUGGAUGCUCCCCCUUCAGCUACUGUAAUAUUUGGAGGAGAUACAAAUCUGAGAGAUCAGGAGGUGGCUAAAAUUGGAGGUCUGCCAAAUACCAUAUUGGAUGUUUGGGAGUUUUUGGGUAAGCCUGAGCAUUGUCGCUAUACCUGGGACACAAAACUGAACAACAAUCUGAGAGCUUGCUAUACUAGCAGGUUGCGUUUUGACCGUAUAUUGUAUAGAGCUUCUAUGGAAGGAAGUCAAGUCAUCCCCCAGUUUCUUAACCUUGUUGGCACAGAAAAGCUGGACUGUGGCAGAUUCCCAAGUGAUCACUGGGGUUUGCUGUGUGACUUUGAUAUUAUAUUAUGAUUUUAAGGUUAUACAUUAAUGUUAAUAUAAUAUUGUUUUAAUAAAACAUUUCUUUAUGGUA